GGCAGAAAGAAGGAAGGUAAUGUCGGCGGUGGAAGAGGAGGUCGAGAGCGAAGGGACUUCGGAGCUGGAGUGCGGCAUCUGCUGCAUGCCUUACGACCGCUGCGGCCGCGCGCCCCGGCGGCUGGGCGGCGCGCGCGGCUCCUGGAAGCCCUCGCGCUGCCGCCACGUGAUCUGCAGCGCCUGCGUCUGCCAGCUGGCGCGCGAGGGCUGGUGGGAGGAGGUCACGUGCCCCUACUGCCGGGCCGUCACCUCCCUCCGCGAGCGCGGCAACCUGCUGGCGGCCGGCGUCAGGCGGAGCAGCGGCGGCUGGCGGCGCCGCCUGGUCCUGCCUCCCAUCGACGCCGAGCUCUGGCAGAGGGUCGUGCUCCGGGAGCGGGAACCGGAGCAGGCCGGCCGCGUGGAGCGCUUAGCCGGCGACGACGAAGACGACGGCGACGAGGAGGAGGAGGAGCAAGAGAGCGGCGGUGACGUGCAAUGGCGCCCCUGGCGGACGCUGAAGAGACUCCUCAAGGGAGGUGGCCAAGCGCAUGCGCGGGAUGGGAGAGGGCGGGCCCGCGGCGGCUCCGGCCCCACGUGGCGGAGGCGGCAACCAAUCAACCCCUACGGUUCUGAGACGAAGGACCUGGCCCUCGUGACUUGCUACGUCAUCUGAAAACCAACGGUCACUUUGAACGGAUGAACUAUGUUGUGGUCGGUUGCAUCGAGGGGACCGUCUAUCUGGGGAAGGCAGCAGCACCCUCUCCCUUUGAAAUACUCCUUUUGCAUUAUCGUCGACAGUGGCCUAAGAAGUAUCGACAGAAAUUAUUUCGCCUUCUCACUGUGAAAUGCAGAUGGUGAUAGAAGUUACAACCGAAGAAAGAAUUCUAUCAUCUUCCCCUUUUGGAAAAGUUAAAAGGGCUGGAUUUUUUUUUUUUUUUAUUCUUCGGAGAUGUUAAUAGCCUCCCCUUAAAGGCGUUCAUAAUUUAGACAAACUCGGACAUUAUUCUCUGGAAGUGCUUCUUCCUCAGAUACCCUGGCAAAAUAACAAUCCACGUGACUAAAUAUAUACAUAUAUUAAAUGAAUCCCUUUUUGACACGGGUCAUUGAUUCCUUAGAUGAAGCAGGACAAAGGAGUACUGGGCGAUCUAUUAUCAUCCUAGUUUGCGGUGUUUUUUCUUCCCAUCCAAGGCUGAAAUAUUUUGCCCGGCAUCUUUCCAACCCACAGAGAACCCGAUGAAGGUUUAAAACACCAUGAAGACCAAUUUAUAUUAAUCAUCGUCUCUGGAACGACGGGGCAAUGGGCCUUCUGCCCCUGAAGUAGAAUGGACGUUUCUGCUAGGAAUUUUAUUUAUUUCUCUGGUUGGAUUGGAACCUCCUUCGCAUCCAGAGACCUGAAAUGAAAGAAAGCCGAUCAAAUGUGACUUUUAGCAAUAUUUCUGGUGUGUAGGGGGAGGAGCUUUCUCUUGGUUUCUUAGAUGAGGAACUGAAAUGAAAGAGGUCCAAAGUCACAGUAGCUCCUGAGGAAAUAACAUCCUUUUCAAAGAUAAAUGUCCUCUUGUGAUUGUUUUCGACAAGAUCACUCCGAGUUGCGUCUUUUGUCAGGAUGGUUUUCUUUGCUUGUACAGAUUAUGAACUAAAAAACCCGGUCCUUUUUCUGUGCAUGAAGGCUUUUUGCCUCUGGAGACGGAGAUUGUGCGACCUUGUCAGGCGUCGAGUUUCAAAUGCUGUAUCUAUAUAUUUUUGAAAGAAUCCAUUUCUGUGAAAUGUGUUUUGAACCCCUUCCUAACUUAAUAUUUAUAUUCUGCUGUCAUCGUUUGGCAGUUGUUAAGUUAUUUGAUGUUAAAUAAAAGACGUAGGAUUUUAAAGGUUUGCUGGCGACAUGAUUGAAAGGGAGUCCCUCUGCGGCCGAGGUAGAAACGCACCAGCUGGCGUUUGUGGUUUUCAUAGUUGGCAUCGAUAAAGUUCCCCAGGCCCCGUGCCACGAUGGGUCUCCUCCUCCUUUAACAACGGGCGAAGAAAGGAACUAUAAAGAAUUUUGGAAUUGCCACCAUCUUCCUGCAGCUUCUAGGUUGAUUCAGGUGGAGAAGCUCGGCAGGCAUUCAAAUCCUGAUUUCUCCAUAGAAGAGAUUGCAGCACGCUUCCUCCGACCAUAUCCUGUUUGUUCAACACUCUGGACCUAUAAUCUUCCUCACCUCGCGUGACCUACCUGCAAUGGAGGUGCUGCUUUGGAUAUGGACUGUGUGGGAGGCCACUGAGUCACUCAACGUGAGGCGACACCCUGGCCCUGGGGCUUCGUGGCGGGCCACUUUUUUGCCAACCCCAACCGAGGGAUGUGUGACUCAAGUUUUUGGAGGCUAAAAACAGCCUCUCAUUUCCAAACAGCCAAUUGGGAAAACGCCUUGGGGGGGUGAAGCUAAUUGGACAAUCGGCCCCCCAAUUUAGAGGGUUUCGUCUUGGGGGAACCCUGGAAGCCUCCAGAUUUCUGAAGAAGACUCAUGAAAUUGACAAUUUGGGUAGAAAUUGGGGCUGAGGAACGUGUCCUAAGAGCAAAACGAAGUGCUGCGUCAGUCCCCACCUUCCUCCCUGGGCUUGCAAUUAGUUGUACACAUCAUUAAGAUGGAAACUUUUACAGCGAUUAAAUCUGUGGGCUGUGGCUGUAGGACACUUGAACCACGCUCAACCAGUUUCCCCGGCUAAUUUUUAAAAAUUGCCACAAUAGGCUGGCCCCAUAAUGUGCUACAUAAAGGCUGUCCUUGACUUACGACCGGUUGCUGGCUUAUUGUUCUAAGUUACAAAAGAAAAGACACCCCCCCCCC